UUAUUUCAGAAGCAACACGUUAGUUCCGAAUACGGAAGUGGGCGUGGAAACACACCGGAAGUUGUCAUGUUCUGCGCUGAAUGAGAAGAAGAAAAACGUUCAAACGUGACCACGCCGAGCAGAGAAAAUACCAAUUAUAUCAAGCUUGAAAGCAGAUUUAUUGUGUUAUCAUGGCUGAUGAUGAAGGAUUUGUCGUCCGUGUGCGGGGUUUGCCUUGGUCGUGCUCUGUAGAAGAAGUGUCCAGGUUUUUUGCAGGCUGCAAAAUUGGCAACAAUGGAACAGCUAUCCACUUUACAUACACACGAGAAGGCAGACCAAGUGGAGAAGCAUUUGUGGAGUUGGACUCAGAGGAAGACCUGAAAAUUGCAAUCAAAAAAGACAGAGAAACAAUGGGGCAUAGAUAUGUGGAAGUUUUCAAAUCAAACAAUGUGGAAAUGGACUGGGUUAUGAAGCACACAGGGCCAAACUGUCCAGAGACUGAGGGAGACGGACUGGUCAGAUUGCGCGGCCUUCCUUUUGGAUGUAGCAAGGAAGAAAUUGUGCAGUUUUUCUCAGGGUUGGAAAUCGUGCCAAAUGGGAUAACAUUGCCGGUGGACUUCCAGGGGAGGAGUACGGGGGAGGCCUUCGUGCAGUUUGCUUCACAGGAAAUAGCUGAAAAGGCUCUAAAGAAACACAAGGAAAGAAUAGGGCACAGGUAUAUUGAGAUCUUUAAGAGCAGCCGAGCUGAAGUACGGACACAUUAUGAACCCCCACGUAAAGGCAUAGGCAUGCAGAGACCUGGGCCUUACGACCGACCCAGCGGAGGAGGCCGGGGCUACAAUGGCAUGAGUCGUGGAGGAUCCUUUGAUCGGGUGCGACGUGGAGGAUACGGUGGAGGAGUGUCAGAUGGACGUUAUGGUGAUGGAGGUAAUUUUCAGAGUACCACAGGUCAUUGUGUUCAUAUGAGGGGACUGCCUUACCGGGCAACAGAACCCGAUAUCUACAAUUUUUUCUCUCCUCUGAACCCGGUGCGUGUGCACAUUGAGAUCGGUCCAGAUGGGCGAGUAACCGGUGAGGCUGAUGUGGAAUUUGCGACACAUGAAGAUGCAGUGGCUGCAAUGUCAAAGGACAAAGCAAACAUGCAACACCGUUAUGUUGAGUUAUUCUUAAACUCAACAUCAGGAGGCAGUAAUGGGGGCUACGGAGGGCAGAUGAUGGGGGGAAUGGGAAACCAGUCGUCUUAUGGACAUGGAGGGCAGCAGAUGGGUGGAGGCUACACUGGAGGAUACAGCAACCAGUCCAGCAUGGGAGGCUACAAUGACUACAAUAGCCAGGGUGGAAUGAACAACAGUUAUUAUGGCGGCAGCCGCGGAUCAGUCGGCAUGAAUGGCAUGGGAGGGGGCUGGGGCAUGUAGAUGCUCCUGAAGGAAUUUAUUUGAGUGUUGGGUCGUCUCGAUUUUGCCUGAGGCCUUCUGGUUUUUGUUCUUUGUGACGAUGACUAUGGGAAGAAUCAGAUUCACUCCUUGCCCACCUGUACUCUGAACCUCAGCGUUGGAACCAGUAUUACGUUUCCUGCAAUUCCUGAGGUGAAGGGUCAGCCGUUGAGCUCAAGUCAUGGCAAUUGUCCUCUACCCCACUAGUCAUGCUUGUAAAUAUCCUCCAGAUAUAUCGUUCAGAGACUGUAGAACACUGGCCUCGCAUGGCACAAGGUGCUGCAUCUCCACUUUUUAUAAUGCGGAAAGAACUUUGUUGAAACUGAUUUUUAAAAAUAAACUGGAAAAUGUUUUUGUUUUCUUGUCCGGCUGCUUCACAAGAUGCAUAUUUUAAUUUUCAUUAUUGUAGAUGUUGCAAUCCCCUCUGUUGGUUUGUCUUUGAUUUCUCAUGGUUAAUAAACAUUCACGAAUGUA